AAUUGUUGGAUAUUAAGUUGAAGCGUCGGAUGUCCUUGUCCACAACAUCCGGUCCUCUGUCAGGUCAAAAUGCUCUCACUGAGGGGGUUACAGCGGCUAAAAUCUGUUCUAACUCCGCACCGAAACACGAGUAAGAGCUUUAGAUUAUUUAAUUUUUCUUUUUGUUGUUUUUAAUCUCUGCAAUGAGCUCCAACUUUAACCCGGAGUGUUAUUUAAGGUAAAGCUGCUAAUGCUAAGGUUAGCCUCUGAUCGUGUGUGUGUGUGUGUGUGUGUCCCUGUGUCAGGUCUCCGGAGUCUUACAGUUUCCUCCAGUUUAGUCCAAAACAAAGAUAAUAUGGUAGGUGACUGUGUCAGCUGAAUGCAGUUAAAUAUAUUUGUGAUAAUGUGUGAUUAGUUAUGUUAAUGUUGUUUCUCGUUAGCUCGUUCAGAUGGAAAACCCGUACAAAGAACCACAGACAGGAUGUGUCCUCUGUCACGUGACAGUGGACUACAAAAAUAUACAGGUGAGUUUUUAAAACACCUGAGGGUUUAAUCCGUUCACCUCUCACCAGGUAAAGAACUGAGGUGAUCCAGAGAGGAAGUUUAUACAAGUCACAGAAAAAUAAAAGUGUGUUAAAGAAACUUUAAAGUGUUUUCAUAAAAAAAAAAUUCUUUUUAAAUUAGAUUCCGGUUUCACAUAAACAAACAAUCUGCAGCUGUCAUCCUUGUUUUUAUGAAGUCUGACCCUCCUGUUUUCCAGCUGCUGUCUCAGUUCAUCUCUCCUCACACGGGCAGGAUUUACGGACGACACAUCACAGGUGAGCAGCUGAACCUGAACCAAUCAUAUUCAUCUCUUAAAGGGAUAUUCCGGCUUAAAAUUAAGUUAGGGUCAAACACACUGUUACACCAAGUUAGACACCCCCUCCAGAGAUGAAUGUUGCUGACCGCUUGCUUCUCUAGUUAUGCCAACUUGAGUAACGACUGCAGGAUAGCAAUACAGCAGCCUGAGGAGCCAUAAACAAACCUCAACCAAAAUGCCUCUCUAUAGCCACAAAUAAUGCUCAGAACAGCGCCUAACUUCAUCAACAGUACAUAUAGGGUCCCAGCCAUAGUACUAGCCACCAAACAUCUUUUUAACUUUGACUAAUUUCUUUAGCAAAGAGACUAAACACAACUCACCUACUCUCUUCCAGCAGCCGCUUGUUUGUAGCUAGACCUCGGGGUGCUACGGACUACAGCGGGGUGACGCAGCUCAAGGAAGAACAUUUAGAUAUGCUCUUAAAGUUUUUAUAACAAUUUUAUAAGCCCCCCCCACUUAUUCCCGGGGGGCUGGACCCUAUCCCAGCAUCUUCGAGCAAAGGUAGGGGACACCCUGGACAAGUCGCCAGUUCAUUGCAGGGCUGACAUAUAGAGACGAACAACCAUCCAUACCUAUGGGCAAUUUGAAAGUGGCCAAUUAACUUAACCCCAUUUAGGCAUGUAGGAAACCGGAGUGCCCGGGGUAACCCACGCAGACACAGGGAGAACAUGCAAACUCCCCACAGAAACGCCCUGAGCCGGAUUCGAACCCAGGACCUUCUUGCUGUGAGGCGACAGUGCUAACCACUACACCACUGUCCUGUUUUUGAAUAUUCUGUUUAAAAUCUUAAUAACCUUUUUAGUCUUUAAAUAUGAAUUGUAACACUUUUAUAACCCAUUUAUUUUUUGAAUGUGCUCUUAAAACUUAAAUUCAGUUUUUCACUUUAAAAACUAUUUCAGUUUUUUAAAUAAACUUUUUAAAACCUUAAACUUUUUAGUUUUUAAAUAUGCUCUUAAAACUUAAACAACCAUUGUAGUUUUUGAAUAUGAAUUUUAACACUUUUUAUAACCCGUUAGUUUUUAAAUAUGCCCUUAAAACUUUCUAAAAUCAUUUCUUGAUCAUUUCCUUGAAGUAAUAAUCAUCAUACUAAUCCUUUUGCACUGCUGACCUGGUAGUUCUUCUGCCUUAGUGUCUCGGUCUGAUUGUAUUUCCAUGAAAAAAUGAUCAUAAGUGUUCUUCCUUGAGCUGCGUCACCCCGCUGUAGUCCGUAAUGGACUGGCCUGAGGUCUCACUACAAACAAGCGGCUGCUGGAAGAGAGUAGGUGAGUUGUGUUUAGUCUCUUUGGUCGGCAACAUUCAUCUCUGGAGGGGGUGUCUAACUCGGUGUUACGGUGUCUUUGACCCUAAAUUAAUUUUACGCUGUAAUAUCCCUUUAAAAGUCCUCCCUUUGUCUGAUUUUGUCCCUCGGUUUUGUCUGACAGGCUUGUGUGGCAGGAAACAAAAGGAGGUCUCUAAAGCGAUAAAGAAGGCUCAGGCCAUGGGUGAGAGUUCGUUCAUGUUUUCAUCAUUUAAAGAUGUUUUAACUCAAACUCUGAUGUUUCCUUUUCUCUGUUCAGGCUUCAUGCCGGUGACCCACAAACAUCCUCAGUUUAUGAGGGACCCAAACAUCUGCAGCAUCAAACAUCUGAAUUAGAUCAUGUAUGGGUCUGUGUGAAAUAUUUGUGUAUUAAACUCUGAAACCUCUGAGUCUGUUUAAUGUGGUUUUCUCCUCCUGGAGGUCUACACACCUUUAAAACAAGAGGACUGAAUAAAGGCAGUUAUUACAAAGCUGGAGUUAAUCAGUAAUAUAGAGAAAUCUGUGGUGCAGUUUCAUCAUUUCUUUUUUUAACCUGUAAAUUAUCCUACCAAAAAUAAAAAGUUGAAAAUUUUCAGCUUUUCAUAAGUUAAAAAA